GGAAAUCAACAGACCCCCUCAAACGCAACACGUAGGAGUCAUGCUCUAAAAAUAGCACUGGUUACAAAUUAUCAUGAUUAUUUUAUACUUGAAAUUUUGAAUCAGAAUUGCUUACAUGAAUGUAUUUCUUUAAAAAUAACGUUGUAUAACAUAAAAAUAAUUAAAACAAAAAUAUUUGCUUUAUAACGAACUCUGACCUCAGGUCAAAGUUCACGUUUGCGCGCGUCACGGCGACGAGGAGUUAGCUUACUUGUGCAGUUAGCCCAAAAAACGUAACAGAAAAGCGACAAAGGACUUACAGUUUUCACGGUAACUGAGAGGAAGAGUUUUUCUGUACUUUAUUUGAAAUAAAAAUAAUAUGUGUAUCAUUUGCCGGACGACUUUUGCAAUACCGAAGACACAAUGUGGAGAGACCGUACAAAGGUUGUCAAGAACGCCGCAAUACGAGCUAGCAACCCGGCAUCGCAUUAAGGACGGAAAGGCCUGUUUGUUUAAAGGCAGCUUUGGAUAAACAACGGACACAGAAAGCAACCGAAGCUAGCUUCAAGCUAGUAAGCUUCCAAGGUAAGCUGAUUGAUGCUAACACAAUAUUCAAAGAUGAGUAGUUUGGUCCCUUUGUCAUCUUUUCCUUCGUCGAUGUCCAACAUGGAGAAGUUCGGUGGAUACUUGAGCUGCAAGGUAAAGCAGAGAAUCAGGACCAUAAUGUCAGCUGGUCAUUUUGUGGCGGGGCUGAAAUGCAGUGGAAAAUUGUUCAUUUUCACAACAAAGAGAACUUUGCUGUACAAUCAUCUUAGUCUUGGUCCAGAAGACUUCCCGAGGAGGACAAGCCUUAAACAGAGAAUCAGGACCAUAAUAUCAGCUGGUUAUUUUGUGGCAGGGCUGAAAUGCAGUGGAAAAUUGUUCAUUUUCACAACAAAGAGAACUUUGCUAUACAAUCAUCUUAGUCUUGGUCCAGAAGACUUCCCGAGGAGGACAAGCCUUAAACAGAGAAUCAGGACCAUAAUGUCAGCUGGUUAUUUUGUGGCGGGGCUGAAAUGCAGUGGAAAAUUGUUCAUUUUCACAACAAAGAGAACUUUGCUAUACAAUCAUCUUAGUCUUGGUCAAGAAGACUUCCCGAGGAGGACAAGCCUUAAACAGAGAAUCAGGACCAUAAUAUCAGCUGGUUAUUUUGUGGCGGGGCUGAAAUGCAGUGGAAAAAUUGUUCAUUUUCACAACAAAGAGAACUUUGCUAUACAAUCAUCUUAGUCUUGGUCCAGAAGACUUCCCGAGGAGUACAAGCCUUAAAAUAACGAAGAGCUGCGGGGCAUCAAGCGAACGUACUGCUGAGAGCGGCCGAUGAACACAAGAACGCUUCAUGCUAACUCUAUGAAUAAUUGAGCAAAUCCAUUCCCUUCAUUCCGAGGCAAACAUUUCAGGGCCAAGGUUGCAGUCUUGUAGAUUUGAAAAAAGAAAGACCACAACAAGUCCACACAACACAGGGCGCCGCUUCUGUGAGAGUGGAUGUUUAUUGUUAUUGACCGAUGCUAGGAUGGUUCAAGUGACCGAUGCUAGGCUACGAAGUCAUACAAAGGAAACCAGGCAAGACUCGAUAUUUGCAAAAACUCCGCCUAGCGUUCCUAUGCAAGUCGACAGGAGCAAACAACAUCGUAGUCUUCCUUGUCGUUUCCUGUGUACGAGUCCCUCAGGACAUCCCCCCCCCCCCUCCAUCAGAUCCUCAAGGCAAAAAACAGUUAAAUAUAAAGACAUCUCUCCCAUGUAUUAGGUGCGGCUAAUUAGAUUUGAUCUGCCAUCCCCCCCAAGGCGUCUUACCACCCACCGCAGUAUUUAAGUGGCGCCGGAUAUGAAUUAUGGAGCGAGGCGUACGCAACCAGGUUUUUCACAUUUACUCACAAAAAAUAAUCAUCCAGUCGAGCAAAAAAAAAAAAAUGUUCUCCAAAUGUCAGCUGCUGCAUAUAAAAAAAAAAAAAAAUGUAAACAAAAUCAGCUCAUUAUUCCGCGUACGGGAAGACAUAUGGAGGAC